AUGCACAUGGUAGAUAAUAACUACACCACAGCUCCCGAGCCUCUGAGGUGCACAGGGAGAAUAGACCCUCGUGAACUGCGCUUCUCUCGUGCGAUGAUCUUUGCCAUUGAGGAAAUAAACAACAGCACAGAGCUGCUGCCUGGUGUGAAACUGGGAUAUCAGAUCCACGAUUCUUGCGCAUCUGUGCCUGUCGCCGUGCAUGUGGCGUUUCAGCUGGCGAACGGCCAUGACUCUGUGUUUCACACAGCUGAUAAAUGCUCUCAGUCUGGUGCGGUAAUGGCUGUUAUUGGGGAAUCUGGAUCCACUCCAUCCAUCAGCAUGUCUCGUGUUAUUGGGUCCUUCAAGAUUCCUCAGGUGAGCCACUACGCCACCUGUGCCUGCCUGUCAGAUAAGAAGCACUAUCCAACUUUUUUCAGAACAAUUCCCAGUGACCAGUACCAGGCUGAUGCACUGGCCAAGCUGGUGAAACACUUUGGUUGGACUUGGAUAGGAGCCGUCCGGUCGGACUCGGAUUAUGGAAAUAACGGCAUGGCGGCUUUUCUUGAGGCGGCGCUCAGAGAGGGGAUCUGUGUGGAGUACUCUGAAUCCUUCUAUCGGACCAAUCCACGCAGCAAAAUCCGAAGAGUCGCUGACGUUAUCCGGAGAUCAACAUCAACUGUCGUUGUGGCAUUUGCAGCUCCAGGCGACAUGAAAUUUCUUCUAGAGGAGCUGGCUGAAGACCCCCCUCCUCCUCGCCAGUGGAUUGGAAGUGAGGCUUGGGUAACGGACCCACACCUGAUGAGUUUCAGUUUCUGUGCGGGGGCCGUCGGUGUUGCCAUUCAGCAAUCUGUCAUUCCUGGUCUGAGAGACUUCCUUCUCAACCUUUCUCCCUCACAAGUGUUAGCCUCUUCAGUGCUGUCUGAGUUCUGGGAGGAUUCAUUCAACUGCAAGCUGACAAGUGAGACAGUUUACUUGUAUUUUCCUGAAAACAAAAAUAUAAAAUGCUAUGGGAUCUUUCAAUACUCCCUCAGAAAGUUUUGUUGCAUUUUUGAUAAGAUUUUGUUUUAUCUUUCCAUGUCAUUAGGUUCUGAUCUAGACAAAAAGACGUGUGACGGAACUGAAGACAUUAAAAAACUCUCUAACCCGUACACGGAAACAUCUCAGUUAAGAAUCACCAACAUGGCAUAUAAGGCUGUUUAUGCAGUAGCACAUGCUAUUCACAAUGCAGUUUGCUUGAAAACAAAUGUAACCAUACACUGUGAUAAACACAUUAAACUGGACCCAAACCAGGUUUUCUCAGAGCUGAAGAAAGUAAAUUUUUCCAGAAAUGGUUAUCAUGUGUCAUUUGACCCCAAUGGUGAUCCAGUGGCUUUUUACGAGCUGGUAAACUGGCAGAAGAGUGACAGAGGAGUUAAUGAACUGGUAAAAGUGGGAUAUUAUGAUGCAUCACUGCCAAAUGGCCAGCAGUUCCACAUCAACUGGAACAUAACCUGGUUGGAGGACAGCACUGAAGUAAUGAAACAAGAGAGAAACUUUGUACCAGUUUCAUCAUGCUCAGAGAGUUGUCCUCCAGGAACUCGUAAAGUGUUGCAGAAAGGAAAACCAAUCUGCUGCUAUGACUGUAUACCAUGUCCUGAAGGAGAGAUCAGUAAUAUGACAGAUUCUCCUGACUGCUUUCCAUGCCCCAAAGAGUUCUGGCCAAAUGCAAAGAGAGAUGCUUGUUUUAUUAAACCCGUGGAGUUUCUGUCCUUUGAUGAAGUCCUGUCAAUCAUCCUGGCUGCAGUCUCAAUCAGCGGAGCUUUUCUGGCAAUCGUUACAGCAGUGAUUUUCUUCUAUUACAGAACAACUCCAAUUGUCAGAGCCAACAACUCUGAGCUGAGCUUCCUGCUGCUCUUCUCUCUGACUCUGUGUUUCUUAUGUUCACUAACUUUCAUUGGAGCCCCCUCUGAGUGGUCCUGCAUGCUGCGGCACACAGCGUUUGGCAUCACAUUUGUUCUCUGUAUCUCCUGUGUUCUUGGCAAAACUAUAGUGGUUCUAAUGGCCUUUAAAGCUACACUUCCUGGUAACAAUGUUAUGAAAUGGUUUGGUCCUGUACAGCAAAGAAUGACUGUAGUAUCUUUUACCUUUAUUCAGGUUAUAAUAUGUAUCAUAUGGUUGGUUGUGAGUCCUCCCGUCCCAGUGAAAAAUCUGAGCACCUACAAGGAGAAGAUCAUCCUGGAAUGUGCGUUAGGCUCUGCUGUUGGUUUCUGGGCUGUGCUCGGCUACAUCGGCCUGCUGGCUGUGUUUUGCUUUGUGUUAGCUGUUCUAGCUCGGAAACUACCUGAUAAUUUCAACGAAGCCAAGAUGAUAACAUUCAGCAUGUUGAUAUUCUGUGCCGUCUGGAUCAACUUCAUCCCAGCUUAUGUCAACUCUCCUGGAAAACUUACUGUGGCUGUGGAGAUAUUUGCUAUUCUGGCCUCCAGCUUUGGACUGAUACUGUGUAUAUUUGCUCCAAAGUGUUUCAUCAUUUUAUUUCAACCAGAGAAGAACACUAAGAAAUAUUUAAUGAACAAAAGUUAAGUAUCCCUUUUAAAUUAUCUGGAAGCAAUAUGGUUGAGUUGUUUAUGUUAUGAUAAUUCAUGGCAAUAUAUCAACUAGCAUUUACAUUUGUAAGCAAUGUAAAUGUUAAAGUCUUUGUUUUUUUUUCUCCAUAUAUGUCUGAAUUUACUGCUGUUGAUCAUGA